GCCGCUGCGGCCACCGCCCGAGGGGACCUGCGGACAGGACGCCGGCAGGAGGAGGGGUGCGCCGCGCCCGCGCAGAGCGUCGCCCCCGCUGCGCAGCGAGACCCGGGCCUCCCGGGCCCAGGAGCCCCCGGCUGCCUCGCCGGGCGUGUGGGACCGAAGUUCUUGAAGAAGGGAGUCCAACUCUUCAAGGUGAACUAUGACCACUUUACUCUUGGUUUUUGUGACUCUGAGGGUCAUCGCUGCAGCCUUCUCAGUAGAAGUUUCAGACCAUGACAACUCGCUAAGUGUGAGCAUCCCCCAGCCGUCCCCACUGAGGGUCCUCCUGGGGGCCUCCCUCACCAUCCCCUGCUACUUCAUCGACCCCAUGCACCCUGUGACCACCGCCCCCUCCACCGCCCCCCUCACCCCGAGAAUCAAGUGGAGCCGCCUCUCCAAGGAGAAGGAAGUGGUCCUGCUGGUGGCCACCGAAGGACGCGUGCGGGUCAACAGCGCCUACCAAGACAAGGUCUCGCUGCCCAACUACCCGGCGAUCCCCAGCGACGCCACCUUGGAAAUCCAGAGCCUGCGCUUCAAUGACUCUGGGGUCUAUCGCUGCGAGGUGAUGCAUGGCAUCGAGGACAGCGAGGCCACCCUCGAGGUCGUGGUGAAAGGUAUCGUGUUCCAUUACAGAGCCAUCUCCACACGCUACACCCUCGACUUCGACAGGGCACAGCGGGCCUGCCUGCAGAACAGCGCCAUCAUCGCCACACCCGAGCAGCUGCAGGCCGCCUAUGAGGAUGGCUUCCACCAGUGUGACGCGGGCUGGCUGGCCGACCAGACCGUCAGGUACCCCAUCCACACGCCCCGGGAAGGCUGCUAUGGAGACAAGGAUGAGUUUCCUGGCGUGAGGACAUAUGGCAUCCGAGACACCAAUGAGACCUAUGAUGUGUACUGCUUCGCCGAAGAGAUGGAGGGCGAGGUCUUUUAUGCCACGUCUCCGGAGAAGUUCACCUUCCAGGAGGCCGCCAACGAGUGCCGGCGGCUGGGCGCCCGGCUGGCCACCACGGGCCAGCUCUACCUGGCCUGGCAGGGCGGCAUGGACGUGUGCAGCGCCGGCUGGCUGGCCGACCGCAGCGUGCGCUACCCCAUCUCCAAGGCCCGGCCCAACUGCGGGGGCAACCUCCUGGGCGUGAGGACCGUCUACCUGCACGCCAACCAGACGGGCUACCCCGACCCCUCCUCCCGCUACGACGCCAUCUGCUACACAGGUGAAGACUUUGUGGACAUCCCGGAAAACUUCUUCGGGGUAGGGGGUGAGGAGGACAUCGCCAUCCAGACGGUGACCUGGCCUGACGUGGAGCUGCCACUGCCCCGAAACAUCACGGAGGGUGAAGCCCGAGGCAAUGUCAUCCUCACCGUAAAGCCCAUCUUCGACGUACCCUCCACUUCCCUGGAGCCCGAGGAGCCCUUCACGUUUGCCCCUGAUGGAGAGGCCGCCACCUUCCCUGAGGCCGAGAACGGGACUGGAGAGGCCACCAGCACCUGGGGCCUUCCUGAGGAAUCCACACCUGGCCUGGGUCCUGCCACGGCCUUUACCAGCGAGGACCUGGUGGUGCAGGUGACCGCUGUCCCUGGGGCAGCUGAGGUCCCUGGGCAGCCACGCUUGCCAGGGGGGGUCGUGUUCCACUACCGCCCGGGAUCUGCCCGCUACGCGCUGACCUUCGACGAGGCGCAACAGGCCUGCCUGCACACCGGGGCGGUCAUGGCCUCGCCUGAGCAGCUCCAGGCCGCCUACGAAGCGGGCUACGAGCAGUGUGACGCUGGCUGGCUGCAGGACCAGACCGUCAGAUACCCCAUCGUAAGCCCACGGACCCCAUGUGUGGGUGACAAGGACAGCAGCCCGGGGGUCAGGACCUACGGCGUGCGCCCAUCAUCAGAGACCUAUGAUGUCUACUGCUAUGUGGACAGACUUGAGGGGGAGGUGUUCUUCGCCACACGCCCCGAGCAGUUCACCUUCCAGGAAGCACUGCAGUUCUGUGAAUCCCAGAACGCCACGCUGGCCUCCACGGGCCAGCUCUACGCCGCCUGGAGCCGCGGCCUGGACAAGUGCUACGCCGGCUGGCUGGCCGACGGCAGCCUCCGCUACCCCAUCGUCGCCCCGCGGCCCUCCUGUGGCGGGGACAAGCCAGGCGUGAGAACCGUCUACCUCUACCCCAAUCAGACCGGCCUCCUGGACCCGCUGUCCCGGCACCACGCAUUCUGCUUCCGAGGUGUCUCAGCAGUGCCAUCUCCAGGAGAAGAGGAGGGUGGCACACCCACACAGCCCUCUAGUGUGGAGGACUGGGUCGCUACCCAAGUGGUGCCUGGAGUGGCUGCUGUCCCCUUGGGGGAGGAGACGACCACUGUCACCUUGGAGGAGAUGACCACAGUCCCAGACUUCACCAUUGAGCCAGAAAACCAGACAGAAUGGGAACCAGCCUACACCCCGAUGGGCACAGUCCCACUGACAGGGAUCCCUCCUACAUGGCCUCCCACUGGCACAGCAGCAGAGGAAAGCACAGAAGGCCCUUCUACAACUGAAGUGCCCUCUGCCUCAGAGGAGCCGUUCCCUUCAGAGGAGCCAUCACCCUCAGAGAAGCCAUCGCCCUCAGAAGAAUCAUUCCCCUGGGAAGGGCCGUCGCCCUCGGAGAAGCCAUCGCCCUCAGAGGAGACAUUUCCUUCAGGGGAGCCAUCAGCUUCAGAGGAGCCAUACACAGCUUCACCCCCAGUGCCCAGCAGGACUGAGCUGCCAGGCUCUGGGCAGGCAUCUGGGGUCCCUGACAUCAGUGGUGACUUCACAGGCAGUGGAGAAGCUUCAGGACACUUUGACUUCAGUGGGCAGCCCUCAGGAGGCAGGGCAAGUGGAGGAGACCUUGACUCCAGUGGUCUUCCCUCCACAGUGGGCUCAGGCCUGCCUGUGGAAAGUGGACUGGCCUCAGGGGAUGAGGAGAGAAUUGAUUGGUCCAGCACUCCUGAUGUUAGCAGACUGCCCUCUGGAGGUGAUGGCCUAGAGGGCUCUGCCUCUGGAGUCGGGGACCUCAGUGGACUUCCUUCUGGAAGAGAAGGUCUAGAGACUUCUGCUUCUGGAGUAGGAGAAAUCAGCGGGCUUCCUACUGGAGAAGUUCCAGAGACUUCCACCUCUGGAGUAGAGGACAUCAGUGGGCUUCCUUCAGGAGAAGAAGUUCCAGAGACUUCCACCGCUGGAGUAGAGGACAUCAGCAGGCUUCCUUCUGGAGGGGAAGUUCCAGAGACUUCUGCCUCUGGAGUAGGGGACCUCAGUGGACUUCCUUCUGGAGAAGUUCCAGAGACUUCUGCCUCUGGAGUAGAGGACAUCAGCAGGCUUCCUUCUGGAGGGGAAGUUCCAGAGACUUCUGCCUCUGGAGUAGGGGACCUCAGUGGACUUCCUUCUGGAGAAGUUCCAGAGACUUCUGCCUCUGGAGUAGAGGACCUCAGCAGGCUUCCUUCUGGAGGAGAAGUUCCAGAGACCUCUACCUCUGGUGUAGGGGACCUCAGUGGACUUCCUUCUGGAGAAGUUCUAGAGACUUCUGCCUCUGGAGAAGAGGACCUCAGCAGGCUUCCUUCUGGAGAAGUUCCAGAGACCUCUGCCUCUGGAGUAGGGGACCUCAGUGGACUUCCUUCCGGAGAAGUUGUAGAGACUUCUGCCUCUGGAGUAGAGGACCUCAGCAGGCUUCCUUCUGGAGGAGAAGUUCCAGAGACCUCUGCCUCUGGUGUAGAGGACCUCAGUGGACUUCCUUCUGGAGAAGUUGUGGAGACUUCUGCCUCUGGAGUAGAGGACCUCAGCAGGCUUCCUUCCGGAGGAGAAAGUCUAGAGACCUCCGCUUCUGGAGUAGGGACUGACCUCAAUGGACUUCCUUCUGGAAGGGAGGAUCUCGAAACCUCAGCUUCUGGAGCUGAGGAUCUCAGUGGAAAAGAAGACUUGGUGGGUUCGGCUUCUGGAGACUUGGACCUUGGCAUACUGCCCUCUGGAACUCUAGGAAGUGGGCAAGCUCCAGAAACAAGUGGCCUUUCCUCUGGAUUUAGUGGUGAGCAUCCUGGGAUGGACCUUGGGAGUGGUUCAGCCUCUGGCCUGCCUGAUUUUAGUGGGCUUCCAUCUGGAUUCCCAACUGUCUCCCUCGUGGAUACUACAUUGGUGGAAGUAGUCACAGCCUCCACCGCAAGUGAACUGGAAGGGAGGGGAACUAUUGGCAUCAGUGGUGCGGGAGAAAUAUCUGGGCUUCCCUUCAACGAGUUGGACAUCAGUGGGAGUGCUAGUGGACUCCUUUCAGGAGUUGAACUCAGUGGUCAAGCAUCUGGGUCUCCUGAUAUCAGUGGGGAAACAUCUGGUAUUUUUGAAGUCAGUGGGCAGCCAUCAGGGUUUCCUGACAUCAGUGGGGAAACAUCUGGAGUGACUGAGCAUAGCGGGCUACCCUCUGGACAACCAGAUGUCAGUGGAGAAGCAUCUGGAGUCCUUUAUGGCAGUGGUCAACCAUUUGGCAUGACUGACUUGAGUGGAGAAACAUCCGGGGUCCCUGAUCUCAGCGGACAGCCAUCAGGGUGGCCAGGGUUUAGCGGGGCAACAUCUGGAAUCCCUGACCUGGUUUCUGGUGCCACAAGUGGCAGCGGUGACUCUUCUGGCAUUACAUUUGUGGACACCAGUUUGGUCAAAGUGACCCCUACUACGUUUACAGAAGAGGAAGGCUUAGGGUCUGUGGAACUCAGUGGCCUCCCUUCUGGAGAGGCAGGUCUGUCAGGCACAUCUGGGACCGUGGACAUCAGUGGACAAUCUUCUGGAACAACUGAUGCCAGUGGAUUUAUAUCCGGGGCCCCAGAAUUCAGUGGCCUACCAAGUGGAGUAGCUGAGGUCAGUGGAGAAUCCUCUGGGGCUGAGAUUGGGAGCAGCCUGCCCUCAGGAGCAUAUGAGGGCAGUGGACUUCCAUCUGGUUUCCCCACUGUCUCUCUUGUAGACAGAACUUUGGUGGAAUCUGUAACCCAGCCUCCAACAGCCCAAGAAGCAGGGGAAGGGCCUUCAGGCGUUUUGGAAUUCAGUGGUGCCCAUUCUGGAGCCCCGGACAUAUCUGGGGACCAUUCUGGAUUAUUGGACCUAAAUGGUCUGCAGUCUGGGCUGGUAGAGCCCAGUGGGGAGCCACCAAGUACUCCUUAUGUUAGCGGGGACUUUGCCAGCACCCCUGAUGUCAGUGGAGAAUCUUCUGCAACCGUGGGCACCAGUGGAGAAGCCUCGGGACUUCCAGAAGUGACUUUAAUCACAUCUGAGUUUGUGGAGGGCGUUACUGAACCAACUGUUUCUCAGGAACUCGGCCGAAGACCCCCCGUGACACACACACACCCGCUUUUUGAGUCCAGUGGAGAAGCCUCUGCAUCUGGGGACAUUAGUGGAGCUACGCCAACACUCCCCAGGUUCAGGGUAGAUGAGUCACCAGUUCCAGAAUCCAGCAGCCAGACGUCUGCCUAUCCUGAGGCUGGCAUGGGGGCCUCUGCUGCCCCUGAGGCCAGCGGAGAAGUUUCUGGGUCCCCUGAUCUGAGUGAAACCACCUCUGCAUUCCACGAAACUGAUCUCGAGAGAGGUUCGGGCCUGGGGGAGAGCAGCAGCACUUUGACUCUGCAGGAAGGCCCUGGCGAGGGGUCAGCUGCCCCAGAAUUAAGUAGAGAAUUGACCACCCCUUAUGCCGUGGGCACAGAGGUAUCAGGCCUGCCUUCGGCCACACCCGUGGCUUCUGGAGACAGGACUGAAAUCAGCGGAGAUCUGUCUGGUCACACCUCAGGGCUGGAUGUUGUCAUCAGCACCAGCGUCCCAGAGUCCGAGUGGACCCCGCAGACCCAGCGCCCCGCAGAGGCGCAUCUAGAAAUCGAGUCCUCAAGCCUCCUGUCCUCAGGAGAAGAGACCCAAACAGCCGAAACAGCCACCUCCCCUACUGACGCGUCCGUCCCAACUUCUCCAGAAGGGACAGGUGAAUCAGAGUCCACCGUUGCAGCCCCUGCCAGGUCCUGUGCUGAGGAGCCCUGUGGUGCUGGGACCUGCCAGGAGACGGAGGGACACGUCAUAUGCCUGUGCCCCCCUGGCUACACUGGCGAGCACUGCAACAUAGACCAGGAGGUAUGCGAGGAGGGUUGGACCAAGUUCCAGGGCCAUUGUUACCGCCACUUCCCUGACCGCGAGACCUGGGUGGAUGCGGAGAGCCGGUGUCGGGAGCAGCAGUCACACCUGAGCAGCAUCGUCACCCCUGAGGAGCAGGAAUUUGUCAACAACAAUGCUCAAGACUACCAGUGGAUCGGCCUGAAUGACAGGACCAUCGAAGGGGACUUCCGCUGGUCAGAUGGACACUCCUUGCAAUUUGAGAACUGGCGCCCCAAUCAGCCCGACAACUUCUUUGCCACUGGAGAGGACUGCGUGGUGAUGAUCUGGCAUGAGAAGGGCGAGUGGAAUGAUGUCCCCUGCAAUUACCACCUGCCUUUCACGUGUAAAAAGGGUACUGUGGCCUGUGGGGACCCCCCCAUGGUGGAGCAUGCCAGGACCUUUGGGCAGAAGAAAGACCGGUACGAGAUCAACUCCCUGGUGCGGUACCAGUGCACUGAGGGCUUUGUCCAGCGCCACGUGCCCACCAUACGGUGCCAGCCCAACGGGCACUGGGAGGAGCCUCGGAUCACCUGCACAGACCCCGCCACCUACAAACGCAGACUACAGAAGCGGAGCUCACGGUCCUUGCGGAGGAGCCACCCCAGCAGGGCCCACUGAGAGGAGCUUCCAGGAUGCACCUGGGAUGCUGAGUCCAGGAGCCAGCCAGGCUGGUGGUGCAUCCCACCCAGAUGGUGUCUUCUUCUUGUUGCUUUUUGUCCUUUAAGGAAUCCCAUUAAAGAAGCAAAAAAAUAAAUCCCACAUUGUGUAUGCACCCACUCACCCCCCAAAUCACCAAAAACACAUCUAAUUUGUCCCCCAAAUGCCAAAGCAAAGCCAACUGAUUGUAACCCAUGGACUGAGUUUAGAGACAUUUCUUCAAUCUCCCGUCGUGCCUUUCCAGGGACCAGUGCAGGGACAGGGGAGAAGGGGAAGGGUUAAGUUAAAUAAAGAAGAUUAUUUUUGUUUCCUGACUUUAUCCAAGAGCAGUGCAAUCGUUGGUUAUUUCACCUCCAGGGAGAGCUAGGGAGGAGGGAGGAGGGCCAGAAGGAGCUGGAAGGGGCAGAGGCCCCAGGGCUUGGAGGGCUUGAAGAACUUGGACCUGACCUCAGCUGAAUGUAUUGGGCAAGAAGGAGCCAGGAGGGCUGUACCAUCUGUGGGGGGAGAAGCCUUGGGGGAGAGGGGCAGGUUCCUGCCUCCCGCCGAGGGGGAGCGGGCAGAGGAGAGCCAGCAGAGGAACCUUCCGCUGCACAGGGUCCGGUUAGCUCCAAGGGUCCCUCUUCCAGUGUUCUCUCACCUGGGUCUGCCACCCUAACAGGUGUCACCUCGGCAGGGCUGGGUGGGGGCACUUCCCAGCAAGAGUGCCACCCAACCCUUCUCCCCCCCCCACCCCCGGGACCGUGCAGGCACCAGGGUUCCGUGCACCUAUUUAUAUUUUUGAAAACUAAAGAUGAUGAUAUUAUAAUAAUAAUAAAGACAUUGGAAGAGA